UCCCUCCUCGCCUCAGGCCGCCGGGCCGCGGCCGAUCCCCGGGCCUGCCCCGUUACCGAGGGAUGCCCGGGCCGGGGAGCCCCGGCGCCCUUCACUGACUCAGCAGCCGGGCGAGGCCUGGCGCCGCCGCCCGAGGCAAGCCCCCACCCCCGUCUCCACACAGGGCCCGCGGUUGAUCCCCGCCGGCGACGGCUGAAGGACUAGCGGAGCUCCGAGCGGGACGGAGCCGGGCUCGGGGCGGCGGGAGCUACUUCCAUGUGGGCUUCCUGCUGUGGAUUGCUGAAUGAAGUCAUGGGUACUGGAGCUGUCCGUGGCCAGCAGGCUGGCUUUGGCGGAGGUGCUGGCCCAUUCAGAUUCACACCAAAUACAGACUUCUCAGCAUAUCCAUCUCCAGCUGCGGCGGGCGCUAACAUAGUCUGCAAAGCCUGUGGACUUUCCUUUUCAGUUUUUAGGAAAAAACACGUGUGUUGUGACUGCAAGAAGGAUUUUUGCUCAGUUUGUUCAGUCUUACAAGAGAAUCUCAGAAGAUGUUCCACUUGUCACUUGCUGCAAGAAACAGCCUUUCAGCGACCUCAGUUAAUGAGAUUGAAAGUAAAGGAUCUGCGUCAGUAUCUGAUUCUCAGAAACAUACCCACGGAUACUUGCAGAGAGAAAGAAGACUUGGUGGAUCUUGUGCUGUGCCAUCAUGGGUUAGGUUCGGAGGAGGAUAUGGACACUAGUAGCUUGCACUCAUCACGGUCACAGACUUCGGGGUUUUUUACACAUCCAUUUUCUAUGUCUGUAUCGGUGUCAUCUCAAGGAGAACUUGCAAACAGAAGGGGAAGCACAGGAAAUGGAACACCUUUACGGGGACAAACAGAAAGAUCUUCUAUAAAUAAUGAAGAAGAAGAAAGUGCAGAAGAGCAGACCCCUGGAUUGUCCAGAAAGCGAGCAAGGGCAUCUUUGUCUGAUAUUUCAAGCCUGGAAGACAUUGAAGGGCUGAGCGUUCGGCAGCUGAAGGAAAUACUUGCGUGUAAUUUUGUCAACUACUCAGGAUGCUGUGAAAAAUGGGAACUUGUGGAAAAAGUGAGCAGGCUAUACAGAGAGAGUGAGGAAAACCACAAGACGCAGGGUGAGAAGAUGCAGCUGAAUGACAACGAUGACAACCUGUGUAGGAUCUGCAUGGACGCAGUGAUCGACUGCGUCCUCCUGGAGUGCGGCCACAUGGUCACUUGCACCAAGUGUGGCAAGAGGAUGAGCGAGUGCCCCAUCUGCCGACAGUAUGUUGUACGGGCCGUGCACGUGUUCAAGUCUUAAACUGAGACCAAAAACGGAUUUUAUAGUCGCCCUUCCUACAACGAUCCCUGUGGGCAGGAGGGCCGAACCGUGGGGCACAGGUCAGCUUUUUAGUGCUUGAUAAACACAACAUUUUGAACAUCAGGGUCUAGACGUUUGUGAAACAUUUUUCUACAGCAUACUGAAUCCUAUGGUUGGGCAGUACAACAUGAUGCCUAUGUGUACAGUACUAGCGCUGCCUAACUUACCUUACAAACCCACAAACUGUUGGAGUCAAACUGUUUACAGCAGUUCUUGCUCUCUUCUGAAGAAUAUCACUGCUAGUUAUCGCAUUCAGUACUCGGCAAGUGGUCAGAAAACACCGUUGCUUGACCGUAUUAGCGCAUUGCGUUGCCUAGUGCAUUAGAAGCAAUGAAUAUAUCAGUUGAAUAUUCAGCUUGUAAGUAAUUAUAGAAUGUAACUGGUCAAACACUGUCGCAGGCACAGUGUUAACAGUACAAUAUACAGUAGAAAGCACUGCCAUUAACUGUACCCGCACAGAAGCCCUUAAGCGAUCUCUCUUAUGCUGAUUGCUUCGUUGAGAAUGUCUGCCGUUACACAUCUACUGCCUUGGCCACCCUUUGUAAACGUACAACAAGCGCCAUCAUGGCACAGGGCUCAGUCAGUUUGCUGGGCUCUGCCAUGUGGUGGCCAAAUACUAAGUGUUUUCUAGUUUAGGAAUAAAAUAUUUUUUUAAAAAGGGGUGUAGUAACCCAUGUUAUUGUGGUCCUUAAUCCACCCAUGCCUAUUGUAACUAUUAAUCUUGCGUGUGAUGAUUGUACUCCAUGUGCCGACAACCUGAUGUUACUGUGAAUACUAAUCAGGGUCAUGAAAUGACUUGCUGCUAACAUGUGGAAUGUAUGGUGUUACUAACCUUAAAUGGGGAGGGUUUUAUUAAGAAUAAGGGAAAAGGAGCCAUGCCAAUUGUUUAAAAACCUCAUGUUCACAGACCUUUAACUCAGACCCAGUCACUACUAACCACGCUUCCACUGGCUGUGGGGUGACCUGCCUCACUGUCAGCCCUCAGCCAUGUUUCUGGGUGGGCUUUGUGCCAGCAGUGGGGGUGAGGGGCCUCCCCGCGCAAGGAUUUUAACAGUCCUUGGAGGAUGGCUGCAAGAGACAACAUGGGGGAGAUAAGGGCAAGAACAGCUCUUGUUCUGGGGCCAGGCUGCCCCUGGCCAAGCAUGAGUUUAAGUUCACUGUGAAGAAAACAGCAGUGAGGAAGGAACUAGUCUGUCAUGGAUGGUCUCCUUGAAGCAGGCCUGAGCAAAGCUACAGUUUCUCCUUUUAGUUUCCCACAUGCUAGCAAAGUAAUGGACAGAGAAAUGUUCUGCCCAGGCUGCACAACCUGCAAGCUCUUACCUCUGCUGCACCAUCACACCUGCUCCUCUGUGAUGUGAAAAAUUAAUCUGGCUUGAAAAAGAGAAAGUAGCUCCUCCUCAAACUAAAACACACAGCUUAGAGACCAUGCUGGUUAUUUUUCAGAAGGGAGCAAACCUCUCAAUGGCUUUAUUUUUUAGAAGUAACUUUUUAAUGGUACUUAACUCCUGGAGCCUCUGUUCAGCAGGUAAACUAAUGAAGAAAAACAUACCCCAUCUGUUAUUUCCAUGCUGAUCAUUAGCCACACAAGCUUAAUAAAGAUUUGUGAUGGGCUCUUUCA